GCCAUGUGUCUGUAGCGCGUCCAUAGAAACUCGCAAAACGAGGCUCCGCUGAUUUCAACCUUCAAUCAGUGUAUAAUCUUGUUUUUAUUUAAAUCAUGGAUAUAUAGACGGGCACCGAUUUCUCGGGAAAAUGUUAUAGAGGAUUUGUACAUUAUCUUGUCCUUUUUUAAGAUUUUCCCUGCCAGCCGCCAUGAAGGAGCAGACCUACGGCUGGUAUCCUUCUCAGAAGGACGUUUACAAGGAUCGCAGGAUGGGCGCUCCCAAUGCCUACCAAUUAGAAGCCAUGUACAAGUACAGGGACAGUCAAUAUUACACAGCACCAAGACCACCUAGUCCUCGCACCCCCGGGGCUUUCCGACCCUCACCCUCCCCUGCAAAGCGUCCCAUGUCCACCGUAUCGUCACAGUCCAGGGCUACAAAGAAAUCCACCCCUUCUCUGCAAGUCCGAGCCAAGAGCGCUCCGAUUUACGACUUCAAACCUGUGCCACGCCUUCAGAUUCCCACACCCCACCAGUGCUGGGCUAUGGCUACGGAAGAAACGAACUACACAAACUACACCCCUCAGCCACCUGCCUCUCCUGUACCCUACUCCUGGCCCACCCCACAACCAGCCUCACCCUCGCCAUCGUUCAAGUCAGAGGAUCUAAGCAAAUACAGCUCUCGUAGCGACAGAAUCAAAAGUGCUGUCAUCAGGCGGGAUAAACCUACCGCACCACAACGUCCGGUCAAAUCCGCGGGCCCCUCCCGCGACGCCACCUAUAGGACACCGUCCCCCAGUAAGAUCCUCAGGCCGAAGACCCCGUCCCCUGUAGACCUGUAUGACCUAGUGCCGGAGGAGGAAGAGGAGAUCAAACCUUCAGAAGAGCUUUAUGACGAAAACCUCAAAAAGUUUGGUUGGAGAAUGGAGGUCCAUGGAGAUCCUUAUAAAAUAAAACCGACCACCCAGAGGCUGCCGUACUACGUACGCUGUGAUGAACCGGAAAUAGAACCGGAGGGUCCCAAGGUACACAUGGAGAAUCUGGAGACCUUCUUUCUGAACACGAUUCCUCGCAGACCGGCGACAUUCGCCAUCCACAAAGAAUGGGUGUCCGAAACCAUCCACGCCAAGCGCAUGGAACUGCAGAAGCGGGAGGGGAUCAAACAUCGGUGGAAAAAUUUCGCUUUCGUUUAUUAACAUUUCCUGCUUUAAUUUUUAUAUACCUCAACGACAAAAAUGACAUUUUAUCAAUCUGCGAAAAAAAGAUAAAUCUUCCAAUUUCGGAAAGCGAGGAAUUCUGAACGGGGAAGGAAAGAGGAGCGGAUCUAAGUGUCCUCCUGUUCUGGCCCUUGUUCGGCCCGAGAGAUUCUAAUUUUCGGGUUUUAUAACUUUUAUUAUUUUGUUGUGGACAAUUAGAAAUAGACAGGGUGACAAAGAGAAGAUUUAUGCACAGGGUUUCGAGCUCGAAUCACUGCCUGGCAUUGCUCUUCAUCAUUACGACUGUGAUUGGCUACACUAUGUGUAGUAACCUCUAAAACAUUGACGUCUUUCAUAGAUACUAGUAUUUAACCAUUUGAAAUGAUUUCUUUAUAAACUUUUUUCUUUGGAAAAAAUAUUAAUCAUAUUUGUUAUAGCUUUAUUAUUUGAUUU